AUAGUACGGCCCCCCCGCCCCCGGCGGUAGUUUGCGCUGCCCGGGUUGCAGUGUGUCAAACGGCCGCUGGUACCCUGCAUGUGAUCCGGUUUUAUUGAUCCGUGAUCAGGUGUAACAGGCUGUCUCCCUCCGUCUCAUCUUCUCCUUCUUCUCAUCCACCUGUCGGGGAAACAUGCUGCGCGUGCGGGCUGCAGUGAGCCAGUCCUGGAGGGGGUUGAAAACGUUGCCGUUGGCCCCUGUGGAGGUUAAGAAUGAGCCGAUCCUCGGCUUCACAGAGGGGAGUGCAGAAAGAAAAGAUCUGCUGAAGGCGCUGGCCGGUCUGAAGGGGCAGACGGAGGAGAUCCCGUGUGUGGUCGGAGACGAAGACGUCUGGACCAAAGACAUCAGAUAUCAGUUAUCACCGUUCAAUCACUCCCAUAAAGUGGCAAAGUUCUGUUAUGCUGACAAGGAGCUGAUUAACAGAGCCAUCGUGGCGUCGGUGGCGGCGAGGAGAGAGUGGGACCUGAAGCCCGUCCAGGAUAGAGCGCAGGUUCUGUUCAAGGCGGCCGACGUCAUCAGUGGACCCAAGAGGGCUGAGAUCCUCGCCAAGACCAUGAUCGGACAGGGGAAGACGGUGGUCCAGGCUGAGAUUGAUGCGGCUGCAGAGCUGAUCGACUUCUUCAGAUUUAACGCCAAACACGCCGUAGAUCUGGAGAAACAGCAGCCGCUAAACUCUGAGGGAACCACCAACACCAUGCUGUACCGGGGACUGGAGGGCUUCGUAGCCGCUGUGGCUCCUUUUAACUUCACUGCUAUUGGUGGGAACCUGGCAGGUACUCCAGCUGUCAUGGGCAACGUGGUUCUGUGGAAGCCCAGUGACACGGCAGUGUCGGCCAGCUACGCCGUCUACAGAGUGCUGAGGGAGUGUGGGCUCCCCCCGAACAUCGUCCAGUUCCUGCCAGCAGACGGCCCCGUGUUCGGAGACACCGUCACCGCCUCACCGCACCUGGCCGGCAUCAACUUCACCGGCAGCGUCCCGACAUUUAAGCGUCUCUGGAAGCAGGUGUCCCAGAACCUGGACUCGUACCGGACGUUCCCUCGGCUGGCCGGAGAGUGCGGCGGGAAGAACUUCCACUUCGUCCACAAGUCGGCGGACGUGGAGAGCGUGGUGAAUGGGACGAUCCGCUCGGCGUUUGAGUACGGAGGCCAGAAAUGUUCGGCGUGCUCCAGGAUGUACGUACCGGACAGCACGUGGCCCGCCAUCAGGGAGGGGCUGCUGGCCGUGCACCGCCAGCUCACAGUGGGGGAUCCCGUCGAAGACUUCAGCACAUUCUUCUCGGCCGUGAUUGACGACAAGUCGUUUGCUCGGAUAAAGAAGUGGAUCGACCGUGCCAAGUCCUCCUCCAGCCUGAAGGUCAUCGCCGGCGGUAACUAUGACAACAGCAAGGGCUACUUUGUGGAGCCGACCAUCAUCGAGACCACGGACCCGCGGGACGCCAUCAUGAGCGAGGAGAUCUUCGGGCCGGUUCUGGCCGUUUAUGUUUAUCCAGAGAAGGAUUACCGAGAGGUGCUGCAGCUGAUAGACAACACGUCUCCCUACGCUCUGACUGGAGCAGUGUUCGCUCAGGACAGGACUGUGGUGGACGAGGCAGCGAGAGCUCUGAGAAACGCUGCAGGGAACUACUACGUCAACGACAAAUCCACCGGCUCGGUGGUUGCUCAGCAACCGUUUGGUGGCGCCAGAGCGUCAGGAACCAACGACAAACCGGGCGGUCCUCACUACGUCCUGCGCUGGACGUCUCCGCAGGUGGUGAAGGAGACAAACGUCCCGCUGGCAGACUGGAGGUACACCUACAUGGGCUGAGUUCCGUCCUGCUGGACCAAUCAGAGCCCUCCCUUCCUCCGUCCCUCCCUGCCUCCCUCUCUCCCUGCCUCCUCUCUCCCUCCCCCCUCCUUCCCUCCUCCACCAAUCAGCUGUCUCUCAUAAACAACGAUGUGAAUGUAUUGGGACAGCCGAGCGGUGAGAAGCCCCUCCGUCCUCUGAACACUUUAUCUGUCCACGGAUGUUAGUUAUUGAUGCUCAGAUAUCAAUAUUUUUAUUUGUUUUAAUCCAAAUCUAAUUGGUAGUUUCAUUGAUUCAUAAAUGGAGUCUUUUGAUUUUAAGGUCAAAAGGAAAAAUAUCCCAGAUUCCAGCUUGUGAAGUCUGAAUAUUUGCUGCUUUUCUUAACUCUUGUGUGAUUCUCAAGUGAAAUAUGUUUGUGUCCGGGAAUGUUGGGGAGAC